CACACACAAGCACACACCUGCAGACAAAGUUCUACACAAGGCGAAGGCUUCAAGUUUUGACUCCAGGAACACGGCAGCUCUUUACAGCUCCAAGUCGCUGAUCUCUAAGACAUAAACACACGAUGAAGAGUCAGAUAGUUAUUCCAGCCUGUUUGCUUCUGCUUUGGACUCUUGCAGGAGCAGAAAUAGUCCCUGAGGUGAAACCUGCCCAAGGAGGCAUAAGGUUGUCUUGUGGUAAAGGAAAUAAAAUAGAAGACAUAAAAGGUGGCCCUCCCACUGAGUCCCUGACAUUGUCAUACAGAGACGAUCACACAGGAGAGUACACAUGCGUGUCUGUCAGUGAGUCAGUCGAAAAAUCAAUGAUCUUUGUGAAAUUUCGGACCUGUGACAACUGCAUAGAGCUCGAUACGGGUGCAAUAGUAGGAAUGGCUGUCGGAAACGUCGUGGCUACGAUCGUGGUGGGAGUGGCUGUCUACCUCGUCGCAUCUCAGUCUCGGAAUGGUCCAGUCACCUCUAACAAGAAAAGCUCUGACAGACAGCAUCUCGUCCCAAAUGAAGAGAGAGGCAGAGCUUCUAAUGACCAUUACCAGCCUCUGAAACCCAAAGGUGGUCAGAAAGACACGUAUGACGUGCUGACUAACAGAAGAUAGAUGGCUGGUGGUCUGCUGUGAAGCCCCUCCUGCUUCAAACAUACACCCCACAAACCAUGAAGAGAGCAUUGUUGUUUACUUUGAAUCGGCUCAUGUUUAAUUGCUUUUGUAUUAUAUUAUAUUUUCCUGCUUUGGCUGUCCUCCUCUUUUAUUUUCCUUCUGUUUAUAACCAGUGACCUUUUUUUCAAACUGUGUUCCUCUGUUGUUUAUAUUUUUGAUCGCCUUUUAAUCCACAUGAUAUUUUCAAGACAGUGUGGCUAAAGACUGCAGAUCUCAGAUGCCCCCUCUUGCAGACCAUACAUGUUAAAAUUUUCAAAAUAAAAUCAUAUCAAAGGUCUGUGCUCCACAGCUGAAUCCAUCUCAAUAUUUUUGUAUUUUGUUGUUUUCCAAUAUCAUAUGUACAGUUACUAAAGAUAUUAAUGUUUAAUUCAUGAUGAUACAAUAAUACACAAUAAAAGAUUACAAUUUUCUUCUUGUCAUGUUGGUAGCUGUUACUUUGGUGGUGACAUAUCUCACCGGUUUUGAAGCUAAUAAAAGCACAGGAGGAAACUGACUUGUGGAACUGCAGGACUGACAUGACACCCCUUCUGCUGAUUAAAGCACCUGUUAAACAAUAAAAAGUCAAAGAUCUCUCAGGUCACUUCAGUUGACAGUAGGGCAAAUACUGGACGCAGACAGUCAUAGCUUUGAUUCUAUAACUGCAUUGUAAGUUUUCAUUAGGUUUUUAUCUCUUGCUGUCCCUUCUCUUCUCUGCCAUUUCUGUUGAAAAAGCUGUUAAGAUCGUUAUUUAGCUGUCGUUCAUGACAUUAAAUCUGUUUUCUUUUGAACAUUUCAAAUAAUCAAAACAAACCUACUAAUAAAAAUGAACAU